CAUUGGCUCAGGUUGGGCCGAGCGUCUGGCGCGGAACGGGUGGGGAGAGGUCCCGGUGGGCCAUGGCCAGCACCGGCAGCCCCCUGGUGAGUCUGGGCACGGGGAGCGGCCCGCGGGCCAUGGCCAGCACCGGCAGCCCCUUGUAUGAUGCUGUUCCAAUCCAGUCAAGCGUGGUCUUAUGCUCCUGUUCGUCCCCUUCAAUGGUGAGGAACCAAGCAGAUUCCAGCACUCCACCUGUCAUUUCCGCUUGUGGCAGCAGACAGGGAUCUAACAUGGAGGGUACAGCACCUGAAUCAGGAUCUGAUUCAAACUCCUUGCAGCAACAUACAGGACAGCAGCCUCCACAGCCUCGAAAAAAACGACCUGAUGAUUUCAAAUUUGGGAAAAUUCUUGGUGAAGGAUCUUUUUCAACGGUUGUCUUGGCUCGAGAAUUGGCAAGUUCUAGAGAAUAUGCCAUUAAAAUUCUAGAAAAACGUCACAUCAUAAAAGAAAACAAGGUACCAUAUGUGACACGAGAGAGAGAUGUAAUGUCCCGUCUGGAUCACCCUUUUUUUGUGAAACUCUACUUCACCUUUCAAGAUGAUGAAAAGCUAUAUUUUGGACUUAGCUAUGCCAAAAAUGGAGAGCUGCUAAAGUAUAUACGCAAAAUUGGCUCAUUUGAUGAGACCUGUACAAGGUUUUAUACUGCUGAAAUUGUAUCAGCCCUGGAGUAUUUGCAUGGCAAAGGAAUCAUUCACAGGGACCUUAAGCCAGAGAACAUCUUAUUGAAUGAAGAUAUGCACAUUCAAAUAACAGACUUUGGAACAGCAAAAGUAUUAUCUGCAGAUAGCAGACAAGCACGGGCAAACUCAUUUGUAGGAACAGCACAGUAUGUUUCUCCAGAACUGCUGACAGAGAAAUCUGCCUGUAAAAGCUCUGACCUCUGGGCUCUGGGAUGCAUAAUAUAUCAACUUGUAGCUGGAUUGCCUCCAUUUAGAGCUGGAAAUGAAUAUCUUAUAUUCCAGAAGAUAAUAAAGUUGGAAUAUGACUUCCCAGAAAAAUUUUUUCCUAAGGCAAAAGACCUUGUGGAGAAGCUGUUGGUUCUAGAUGCUACCAACCGAUUAGGCUGUGAAGAAAUGGGAGGAUAUGGACCUCUUAAGGCUCACCCCUUCUUCGAAUCCAUUGUGUGGGAGAACCUACAUCUUCAGACACCCCCUAAACUUACAGCAUAUUUACCUGCUAUGUCAGAGGAUGAUGAAGACUGUUAUGGAAAUUAUGACAAUCUCCUGAGUCAGUUCGGUUGCAUGCAAGUUUCUAGUUCUGCCUCUUCCCAUUCACUGUCUGCUGCAGAGACAAGUACACCACAGACAUCAGGAGGAAAUAUUGAACAGUAUAUUCAUGAUCUUGACAACAAUUCCUUUGAGCUGGAUUUACAGUUUUCUGAAGACGAAAAGAGGUUACUUCUGGCAAAACAAGCUGGUGGAAAUCCUUGGCAUCAGUUUGUAGAAAAUAACUUAAUCCUAAAAAUGGGUCCAGUGGACAAAAGAAAGGGAUUGUUUGCACGUCGGCGCCAAUUGCUGCUUACGGAGGGACCCCACCUGUAUUAUGUGGAUCCUGUCAACAAAGUUCUAAAAGGAGAAAUUCCAUGGUCUUUAGAGUUGCGUCCAGAAGCCAAGAAUUUUAAGACAUUUUUUGUUCAUACGAAGAUGCAUGUACAACCCUUUCUUGGUACACAGCAGUUAUCAGAUGAAACAGGUGCCUAUUUAAUAGACAGAGACCCAACCUACUUUGGGCCAGUGCUGAACUAUCUCAGACACGGAAAACUGGUUAUUAACAAGGACCUAGCUGAGGAAGGUGUACUGGAAGAGGCUGAAUUCUACAAUAUCACAUCUCUAAUAAAACUGGUAAAGGACAAAAUAAGAGAAAGAGACAGCAGAAUCUCUCAGGUGCCAGUCAAACAUGUAUACAGAGUGCUGCAGUGUCAGGAAGAGGAGCUCACUCAAAUGGUUUCCACAAUGUCCGAUGGCUGGAAAUUUGAACAGCUUGUCAGUAUAGGUUCCCAGUACAGCUGUGGCCGGGCUCAGCAGUCAGAGUUUCUGCUGAUAGUGUCACGGGAAGUGAAAGGGGAAGAGAGAUGCUUCCAGAAAUGCUGCAGUGAGCUGGUCAGUAUUGGUUCUUCUUAUAACUAUGGCAAUGAAGAUCAGGCUGAAUUUCUGUGUGUUGUCUCAAAGGAAUUGCAUAACACUCCUUACGGCACAACCAGUGAACCCAGUGAAAAAGCAAAGAGUGAGGAUGAAGAAACGGAUUACGAUAUGAAUGACUCAGAUUAAGUGUAAAUGUCAUGAUUUUGCAAGAACGAGGUUCCAGGAUGUGAAGACAGUAUUGAACGGUGACAAUUUUUUUCUUGUAUUCGAAGAUGCAGUGAAUUGUCACACUGAAGAGGCUUGGCUGCAAAAGAAAAAAUCUGAUUUAGACAAUUUUCUGUUGAUCUGGGUUCAACCAUAUUUGCCUAUAAGCUGGUGUCAACUUCUGGAAGCAUUGCAAGAUUACAUAAUGGGAAUAGAUGGUGUGGGAGUGUGUGUUAAGUUUUGGUUGUAGUGCAUGGUUGUGCUCUCUUGUCGGCUUAUUGACACUGGUCAUUUGAAAAGAAAUGACCAUGCACUCAUAUUUUCCUUGGAGACAUGUAGCACUUAAUGUCUGGUGCUGGAUGACCCAAUGUUGAUCAGUUUGGAGACCUUUUCCUACUAAUCAUUGUAAACCUUAAAAGGACAAUGUAAUUGGUGCUACACACACAGACACUUACACACACACGCACACACACACACAAAUGUUACAGCCCAGAAACGCAAGUGUUUGGGCAUACGUUGUUUCAGAAUCAGUGUCAGCCCCAGUUGACUGUAUUAUACUGCACAUUCCUUAUGGUUCUGUGACAUAAUCUAUUAUGUAAUAACAGCCUAGGAGAUCAACUGAAACUAGCAUGUGUAAGUUACACAACAGAGAAAAGGUUUCUCUGAAGGGUGUAUAUAUUGACUGGAUGUAUAGCUUAUUUUAAUACCCAAAGGGAAGACUAAACUCAGAGAAAAUGGCCUUCCUCUGAGUUAUUCUUGAUGUUCCCUCUGUUAAAACAGUCUCCUGCAAAAGUUACGCUCCAGUCCUGGUCACAUGCUUGAAAGUGGAAUCAAAAUUCACUUAAAAUGACCAACUGAACAUUCUGUUUCUUUGGAGGUGUUUGUACUCAUAUGUGUGUUUGUGCUUCUAUAAAAUGCUUAUAAGCAUUGAACUGUGUGGAUUAGAGUAGAGAUUUUUCUAGAGCUGAAGGUUUUACAGAAAUACAGCUGGCUAGUCCUAAGUCCCUGUCUCUAUGACUCGGAUUAAAAUCAACCUUAGUGUGAACAUAAACUCAUCCAGUUGAAAAACCUGAUUACUUUGGAUAUUCAGGAUCCCUGUAAUCAACCUUUCUAUACAGUUUCAGCUAUGCAGUUAAGAACAGUGUUUGAACAGAAUGUGGUGCAGCUUUGUUAGUUUGUCCUUGAUAAAGCUAAUACACAAGACACACACUAUGUUUUGAGCAAAAUCUUCAGCACAUCUUUAAAACACUUAAUGAAAUGGACAGUAUAAAACUUGGCUUCAUUGACUCGUGGAACCGGUGGAAGGGAGUUUGAAAAAGCUACAAGAUGGUUUUAAAUUCUAAAGACAUUACCGUUUUCAUUCUAAGUAAUUUCAGAAUUCAUGCAUAUACUGUAGGUAAUCCUUUACACAAAAACCUGAUUUUCAAACACCCAGGGUCUACUUUUUUUUAUUAUUAUUUUAUUUUUUAAAGGACUUAGACAUUGAUAAAAGUUUGGCAAAACAAUUUGUAAGAAACAUUUCUACUAAACAGAUUAAGCAAUGGGCUAAAUGUUUUGUCCGUGUGCCUAAUGCUUGAAAGGAUUUGUAAUGCAUUUUGUGACUUGGAUGUGGUCUGCACAGGAAGAUGCUGGCCCCUCCACAACACAUACAAUUUUUGUCUUUUUUUAAGAAAUUAAAACUGAAUUUAAUUUACUAAAGCUGUAAUUGUGUAGGGGGAAAUGUUUAUACUUUUAUACUUUUUUAGGUACCCAUAUUUUAUCAGCUUAAAUUGAGCACAGAGAUGUCCCCUAAAUAGUGACGGAUUAUCUUGUGUAUCUGAAAAUAAGCAUAACAAUUGUCUGUGUUAAUUGCAUAUUAAAACAUUUCCUCUGCUGCAGUAGUCACUGUGUUUUUAAGCAGUAUGACUAAACCAAAAUCUCUGAGCUCCCCAGCUCAUUGCAGCCAGUUGCAGCCAACCAUGUUACUUGUUGUUUUCUCGAUGUGCUCUGCGGAGUAAUUCAGCAUUGAUCUAAGUGGAUUUUAAUGCCUAAAAUACCAGUUUUACAGUGAUCCUUCUGAAUCAGCAUUUCUGCUGCCUCUCUGAGUAAACCCAAAAAGGACAGACUAUUUAAUAAAAGGAAAUUUUCCUGAAUGACAUCAGCAAAGCAUGAGUAACAAACAGAGCAAACUGAACACAUUUAGAGUAUGUAUAAGAGUGGUUUUUUCUAAGUAUGGAGGUUUUUCCCCACUGGAAUAUUUUCAGUUUUAAAACCUACUUCUAUGCUGAGAUUACCUGCAGUUUAGUUUACAUUGUGUCCCUGCUGUAGCUAAUUUUAGGGAAAUGAGUGCACUUUGUUUCCAAUAUCUCGUGAAGAUUUUAAGAAGGAAAGAAAAGAGAGAACUUCAGUAGGCGGGUAGUUUGUAAAUUAUUUUAAAUACACUGUUUGAGGCCACCUGAACUAACUACUUUCCUGUUCUUGCUAUUGCCAUUAUUGCUUUAAUUUUUAUGAUAAUGCAAGGCUUUCAGAUAGAUGGAAAUGCUCUCUUCAGCUUUUUUCAAGGCAUUAAGAAUUUAUCCCUAAAUAAGUUUUGUUUUGUUUGACUGUUCCAGUUUCAAAUGAAGUUAGUGACAGUAACCAGGUAAUUGCAUUAGAGUCCAAUCUGCAUUACCAGGCUUUGCAAACAUUGCUUCAUGUGUUAAGAUCUUGCAAGAAGGAAGUAAUGUACAAUUAAAAAUGGAUUCCUUUGUUCUUCUUCUGCCAUUUGGAGAGUACCUACCUGAGAAUUGCCUGUGACUGUGCAGAGCUGAGGGGGGUUCCCUAUUAGGCUGGAACUGCAAAGCUGUACUGCAAACCCCUUGGACUUAACUGUGGACAUACACAGCUCCACUAUCGUUAAAUCAGAACAGUAUUCCAGGUUAAAAUUUUAAAUCCUGAACUUGAAAAGACCAUAGCAGAAGGAAUAAAGCAGGAAGGGAAAGAGAUGAAAUUCCUUAAAGACAUUUAUAUGACAGACUUCUUGCAAAACUUGUUUAAAAACAGAAGUUCAAAUUUGCUAUAGCAAUUUCUUGCUUUGAGUUAGGAGACGGCCUAUUGUUGGCCUUAGGUUUUCUCAGAGGCUAUUUUUUUCUUUAUUGGAGAUGGCAUUUUUAUAUUACACGCUUUUGACUUCUUUAAGCGUCAAGUGAAUCAGAACUUCUCUGUAAUGAACAAGCAGUUUUGAGGCCUCGAAGAUACUAAUGUCACAUGGUCCAUAAUAACUAUCCAAACAUAGACUGACUCAGCAGCUCCCAGCCCAAAGGUUACCUGGGAUUUUGUCCUGCUUACUGUGGGAUUUCCAUGGAUUACAGUUAAUUGCAUGUUUUUAAUCCCAAAGUAAUUUAAUUGUGUGUCAAAGUUUAGAGUUUAGAAGUUUUUUUUGAUUCUUUACUAAAGUUUCCAUUGUCACAAUCAUAUACUCAUAAAAGUUGGAAAAUGGUACUGUGUUUUUUUCAAACUUAGAACUCUUGUAAUGAUAGAAGUUCCUUUCAUCCUGCAUUGUAGCAUUAGGAGAAGAUAUUUCUUAAAAAAUGAAGCUCAGUGAAUCCAUCUGACUGUUUUGAGCUUUUCUUUAGACACUAGCUGUAUAACUUCAUUUCUAGCAAUGUGAAUGCACAGUUAUAAUUGAUUAGAAACAGGACUAUUUCCUGCAGAUUCAAAAAUUUAAUCAAUCUCCUCUUUUUCUGAGAGAGGGGUGUUUUUGGGAUUUUUUCAGGAGAAAAAUGAAAACUGGCAGAUUAAACAAAAGAUAACUUGGUUGCAGGCAUGCAACCAAGGGAAAAAGUCUGCUGAGUAGGGAGAUAGUGUUAUCAGAAAAGUGCUUCUCAUAACACAGCACUAUUCUGUGAAUGUCUGUUGAAGUUGUUGAGAGUUGUCAGUCUCUGUUUAAGCUGUAGAGAGCUCCCACCAGCAAAUUAACACACAUUAGUUACAAAUCUUUAUUAAUAUUACAAAAAUGAACUUGGAGUGCAAAAAUGCAGUAGUAUCUGGUUCAGUGGAAUUAAAUAGAAUUUGGAUUAUAGUUACCCAGAUACACUGGAAUGUAUUCCUUGGGAAGUACUGGGAGAAGAGUGAAGUUGUCCUGGGCUUUUUGGGGAAGAUGGAAGUCAAAGCCUGAAGUCCGGGGAUUUGUUCCCUUAAGAUGUGAUAAAAUCAGAAAGUGCCAUUCUCCUAUUUUUAUUCUCUCUUUCACCACAUGAAAAGUUUCAAGUUUUCAAAUUUUUCAAUCAGCCCUUGAACUGCGGGGCUUUGGAAAAGAGAUGAAAUUUUGGUAUGCCUUUAAUAGUGUCUGUUAUCUUAAGAGAGUAGGGUUAAAACCUGAGUGGACAUUGGAGAAGUGUCUUUCCUGACACAACAGUUUUGAAAUACUUUAGCCUAAGGGUGAUGCCUGUUACUUCAUUGUAAUUUAUACUGCAGCUAUCUCCAGUUUUGAGGACAAUCUUGGGCUCCGACGUGGGGCUUUUUGUGGAAUUAUUGAUUCUUUAAAUAGUAUGAAUAUUCAGUUAAAAAAAAAACAUGAAAUGUGGAAGGCUCUCUGAACUCAGUGUCAUGCAGGUUUUCUUUUGUUUCACAAAAAUCAGGAGCUGUCUUUAUAGGCUUCUUAAUGAACAGUGGCUUUAAAGGGCUAAAAAGAUCACAUUGUCCAGUUUGCCUGGAUGACUGUCAGAAGGAAUUCUUUCCAUUUUCAGAGCAGAAAUGCUAAGGGCUAAAAUGCUUUCCAGGGCUAAUUUGACGUUCCAGAUACGUACAAUAUCUAAAAAACAACUAGUCCAUUUUCCUUUCAAAUCAUGGACUCUAAAAUAAUUUUUACGAAUGUCUGAACCAAUUGCAGAUGUAAGUAUUCCUAUCUGGCUUGGAUUUUCAGUACCCAGAUUGGAUAAGGGCACACUAGAGAAGGCAGUACACUUACCCUCCACUUUAUUAUUACCUUUGCUGAAAUCUAACGAUGUUUAUGAACCGCACUGGCAAUAGAGAAGCUUUGGGGAAGAUUCUGCCCCAGGAAAUUGUCACAGAAUAGUUCUUUGCAACUUAGUUGACCUUUACUUUAGUGAUGUCUACCAAGGCAUAAACUUCUGAAAAGUUCAGUCAGUAGAUACUGCUGCCAGCAUAGCUUUCUGGAGGCAUCAGAGGGUUUUCUUCAUGAUGUUAUGUCUUAAUAAGUACUAUAACGAGAGAAACUUUUAAAAAUUAUUUUGUUACUUUUGGGGGUGAGUGGAAGAGGUUCUGUGAUAGUGCUCUCCUCACCUUAGAAAGCUGAGCCUAAAUUUUGACCUGAGACCUGCUGUGAUUUUGAGGCCUCGUCAUCUGAAAUGAGUAAAGAGUAAAAGUGUUUGUUAUGUACGUGAUUCUUGCUACUUUUGAAGAUUUUCCAAAAGCUUAUGCACAACUUGACUCACAUUAACUUGGCUCAUGUGUACUUGCUAGAAUGAAGCAAGUGCUAAGGCACUCUUAAAAGGAAUAUUACCAGCCUCUCUACUGGAACUGAAACAAGAUCACCAAACUGAAGGAGUAUCAAAUGGCAGCUUUUUCCACCUGCUUCUGCCCUUAUCCUUACCUCAACUUAGCUAUGAGAAAUCGACUUCCUAUGCACUCUUUAGGAUCAUCUACCCAAUUCAACAAAUGUUCUUUUUUUUAACCUUUUCCUCCAAAACACCGGUCUCAAAAUUAGUUGUGCAUCAGCUGUUUGUGCUUAUACCCAAGUUGCCGUACUUGCAACAUGUUAUUUCCUGGAUAGUGGAUUAGCAAUAACACUUUAUUUUUGUGCCAAUUCAUUAUAUCUGAAGUGUUCUUACUGCAGCAAAAUUUGAGUUAUGAUUUGGUUUUAAUGCAUUUGCAUUAACCAAAACUCAUAGCACAGACACAGACAAGAAACUAAAUUCAGGGAAAUUUCCCUGGAAAAAAAUCUGCUAGGGCUUCCCAAAUAAUUUGAAGAUGGUUACAGUUAACCAUCACUUUCACAACAAACAAAUGAAAUGCGUAUGGGUAUUUUUUUAACUUCCUUUUCAUAACACUAGUGUAUUGUAAACUGCAUGGAAUAAACCUGGUUUUUCCCUUUUAAA